AUGAAGUUGUGGUGGUUUAUCUCUCUGCUGGCAUGCAGCCUAAUGAUAGACGUAGAGGCGUCGAUUUACGACGACGAUUACGACACCUAUACUAGUAGUUACGACUACAAGAAUUCAGAAAGUCGUACAUGCACAUCUUCGGAGUUUCGGUGCAAGACUGGACGUUGUAUUCCAAUGUCAUGGCGCUGCGAUAAUGAGAAAGACUGUUCUGAUGGCUCUGAUGAAGAACCUGGCACAUGCAUGUCACAGCGCAGCAGUUGUCCGGAACACAAGUUUGUGUGCACAAGUGGUCACUGUAUACCCGCUGCUUGGCAUUGUGACGAUGCCGCUGAUUGUCCAGACGGCUCCGACGAACAUCAGUGUGAAGUGGAGGCGUGCGGGCCCGAAGAAUUUACAUGCAGAGGAAAACAUGGAGAAUGCGUGCCCCUCACCUGGAUGUGCGACGACAAUCCCGACUGCUCUGACGGUUCUGAUGAGAAAGCAUGCAAUGAAACGUGUCGAUCGGACGAGUUCACUUGUGGGAACGGCAAGUGUAUUCAGCAGCGGUGGGUCUGCGACGGUGAUGACGAUUGCGGCGACGGCAGCGAUGAACUAAAAUGUCCGGCGCCAACUUGUCAACCGCACACACACUUCUCCUGCGCCGAUGGUCACUGCAUCUCGGCUAGAUGGCGUUGUGAUCGCGACAUCGACUGCCCUGAUGGAAGUGAUGAGAUGGAUUGUCCAACAUCGCCGAAAGUAAUCUCGCCCUGCAUUUCCACUGAGUUUCAAUGCCACGAUCGGAUGACUUGCGUGCACAAAACUUGGGUGUGUGAUGGAGACCGUGACUGUCCUGAUGGAGGAGACGAAGCCCCAGAACUAUGUCGGGGCAAUAUCACCUGUCGUAUAGACCAGUUCCAGUGCAAGGAUCACAGCUGCAUACCCGGCGCUUUAUACUGCAACGGGGAGAAGGACUGCCCGGAUGGAAGCGACGAGCUAAAUUGCACACGGCCGAAGCCGAUAUGCGACAAGAAGACGGAAUUCGAUUGUGGCGGCGGCAUGUGCAUACCUCUAUCUAAAGUAUGCGACAAGAAACCAGACUGCCCCAACUUUGAAGACGAGCCGCACGAUAGAUGCGGGGAGGAUGAGUGCGCGAGGAACAACGGCGGUUGUACACAACGCUGCGUGGACACACCAGUAGGCUAUUACUGCGACUGCGAAAAGGGAUACAAGCUCGUCGACAAUCGUACAUGUGAAGACGUGGACGAGUGCGCGGAGCCGGGCGCGUGCUCGCAGGUGUGCAUCAACGAGAAGGGCACGUUCAAGUGCGAGUGCCACGCGGGCUACGCGCGCGACCCGCGCGACCGCACGCGCUGCAAGGCGACGGAGGGCCACCCCUCGCUGCUGUUCGCGCGCCGCUUCGACAUCCGCAAGAUCAGCCUCGACCACCACGAGAUGGUCGCCAUCGUCAACGACACCAAGUCCGCCACCGCGCUCGACUACGUUUUCCGCACCGGAAUGAUAUACUGGAGCGACGUUACCGACGAGAAGAUCUAUAAAGCACCAAUCGAUGAAGGCAGCCAACGCACCGUUGUGAUCGGAGACCAACUGAUUACGUCCGAUGGUCUGGCGAUAGACUGGAUCUACAAUCACCUGUACUGGACUGACACUGGCAAGAAUCACAUCGAGCUGUCCGACCUGCAGGGCAACAUGAGGAAGAUCCUCAUCAGGGACCGCUUGGAGGAGCCGAGAGCUAUCGCACUCAAUCCGCUGGACGGAUGGAUGUAUUGGACUGAUUGGGGUCAGAACCCGAAGAUCGAGCGCGCCGGCAUGGAUGGCUCCCAUCGCCAGACAAUAGUUUCUUACGACGUGAAGUGGCCAAACGGUCUCACAUUGGAUCUCGUCAGGAAACGUGUUUAUUGGGUUGAUGCCAAGAUGAACACAAUAUCAUCGUGCAACUACGACGGUACGGCACGCCGUUUGAUUCUGUACUCGACCGACGUGUUGCGCCAUCCCUUCUCCAUCACCACGUUCGAGGACUGGGUGUACUGGACCGAUUGGGACAAAACCGCCGUCUUCCGCGCUAACAAGUUCAACGGAAAGGAUGUCGAGGCUAUAACGUCAACUCAUACGCUGCAGAACCCGAUGGUGAUCCACGUGUACCACCCGUACCGGCAGCCGGACGGCGUGAACCACUGCGCGGCGGUGAACGGGCACUGCUCGCACCUGUGCCUGCCCGCGCCGCGCCUCGCGCCCGCCGCGCCGCGCGUCUCCUGCGCCUGCCCCACCGGCCUGCGCCUGCUGCCCGACAACCAGAUGUGCGUCGAGGACAAUGCAAUAAAACCAGAUGUGGAGGUGCAUAAAUCGAGUAAUGGUUCAAAUGAACCUGUUGUAAUUCAGAAAAAUCCUGUAAGCAGUGUUCCAGAAACUCCUAAAGCUGGCACCGGAAUCUCAAGCAGCGGCCGCGAUGCGGGUGUCGUUGCAGGCAUCGUGAUUGCAGUCAUCACAGGAGUUGUCAUACUAGCCGCAUUGAUCGCUGUUGUUAUGUACCGUCACUACGUGCACCGUAACGUCACAUCUAUGAAUUUCGACAAUCCGGUGUACAGGAAGACGACGGAGAAUCAAUUCGCUUUGGAACAGAAUGGGUACGCGCCAGGAAGCAAGUUGUACCCGAGCACCGUCGGAGAAGAGGCACAAGAACCACUUAACACACCCGGUACUAAUGACUAUGUGUAG